GUACUUCAUUCGUGAUUUCAACAAUUACGCUGUGCAUUAAAUUGUCCAAAAACAUAUAUAAACUUAAUACUUGGGCAAACGAAAUAUAAUAUUUAACGAGAACAAAGUGUAAAUCAAGUGAAAAACAUUCUUUGUGUGUUCUUAAAGCGCGUAAUAAGUACGAAAACAGCUGUGAAAAGUUGCGGUAGGUAACCCACACACACACACACAUGCAUACAUAUUUGUAUGUAGUGACUGAAUGUGGACUGUGACCAUAGUGAAAAUUUCGUGUUCAUUGAGACAAGUUUUUUUUUGCUACUUUAAAAUUUACGUACACAGUUAUUAGAGUCGCUUUAUAUGUCCAAAACGCGGGCAAGCUUUAAGGCCGUGCAAUUAAAGCACGAAUCAACGGAAGAAGAGGACGACGACGAGGAGCAGCAGCAGCAGCUGAAGCGACCACGUCGCAAUAUUAUGCAUACAGUCGGGGAAAAUGUCAGCGGCAGCGGAGUGCCUGCAUUUUUGGCAAAACUCUGGCGCCUCGUUGACGAUCCUGAUACAAAUAAUUUAAUUUGUUGGAGCAAGGAUGGACUCAGUUUUAUUAUACAAAAUCAGGCGCAAUUUGCGCGCGAGCUUUUGCCACUCAACUACAAGCACAACAACAUGGCCAGCUUCAUCCGACAAUUGAAUAUGUAUGGCUUUCAUAAGAUCACUUCAAUUGAGAAUGGUGGGCUACGAUUUGAUCGCGAUGAGAUUGAGUUUUCGCAUCCGUGCUUCAAGCGCAAUUAUCCGUAUCUGCUGGAUCACAUUAAGCGCAAGAUAUCGAAUACAAAGACCGUGGAUGAUAAGAGUGUGUUGAAGCAGGAGACCGUCUCCAAGGUGCUCAGCGAUGUGAAGGCGAUGCGUGGCCGUCAAGAUAACUUGGACUCACGCUUCUCGGUGAUGAAACAGGAGAACGAGGCACUGUGGCGCGAGAUAGCCUCGCUCCGUCAGAAGCAUGCCAAGCAGCAGCAAAUCGUUAACAAGCUGAUUCAGUUCCUCAUAUCGAUAGUGCAGCCAUCUCGCAAUAUGUCCGGCGUCAAGCGUCACAUGCAGCUAAUGAUCAACGAUAACCCGGAGAAUGCUCGCAAGCGCAACGCCAGUGAAUCGGAAAGCGAAUGCGGUCCAGUUAUACACGAGUUGAGUGAGGAGCUGCUCGACGAGGUGAUGAACCCGAACAGUCCAUACGCCAAGCAUUAUGAUGCCGACAGCGUAUCACCUGCGCCCAUGGAGCGACCACGCUCCAACAUGAGCAUCACCAGUUCGCAAAACUACGAUUAUUCGAAUCAGAGCGCUGAGGAUUUUAUAAAUGCUCAACUUUUGAAUAGCGGCGGCGAGGCAAGAACCAAUGUGUCACGCUCACCGGGCGGUCAACAGGAGCUGUAUACGGUCACCGAGGCGCCCGAUUCACAUGGUCAAACCAGCCCUGACUAUACCGGCGAUGAACAGGCCAAUGUGCUGACCACGCCCAUGGUGCGGGAGCAGGAGGCACGCAAUCGUCAGUUGCUCAAGGAGCGGAACAAACUGCGCCGUCAGACAGACAUCACUCUCGACCUGGAUAUGUCUCCGAAGACCACACGCACGCGAUCCCAGGCCAAAGAGCAGCCACAAGUUAUGCCACAGCCGGUGCUGGUCAAGGCAGAGCCUGCUGCUGUCAGCAUGCCCAGCUUGCUCGAUCAGCCGGAGUCCAGCGAUGCGGAUAUGUAUAAUGUCAACUUUAUCAGCAACGAUAUGCCAACAAAUAUCUUUGAGGAUGAUUCAUUGCUGUCGAACACUGGUCUGGAUGAGCAAGUUGCCGUCAACCAAGAUCAGCAGCAGCAGCAGCAGUUCGGAUGCUCCACAGUUGAUGGCGGCAAAUUUGCCAAUGCUCCAAUUAACUUUGAUUUGACCAAUAUCAGCAAUGAGACUGCAUUGGUAUCUGAUGCCAAUUUGGCAUCCACUUCAAAGGCAGCUGCUGUCAAGGAUGUGGGUAACGACCAACAACAAAAACAACAACAACUCCAGCAGCAGCAACAACAACAACAACAACAACAACUGCAGCAGCAACAACAACAAAAACCGCAAUCAGAACAAAAACAACAGCAGUCGCCAGCAAUGACUGUGGCCAAAUACACUGGCGAUAAUGGACACGUUGAUGAGGUCUCUGGUCAUCUGGACAAUAUGCAAGAUGAGCUUGAAUCACUCAAGGAUCUGCUGCGCGGCGAGGGCGUUUCCAUUGAUCAGAACAUGUUGUUGGGCCUUUUUAAUGAUUCGGACAUGCUGGACAACUAUGGCCUAUCGUUUCUCAACGAUGCCGCCGAUAAGAAAGCCAACAGCGGUUCGGAACUGAUGACCUAUCAGCCCAGUAUGUAUGAUCUCUCUGACAUUUUGGACACGGAGGACAACAACAAGAACGACCAAAAUGCAGCCAAUGGACGCCAAUUGCAGACGCAAAGCUCAGUGCUGAAUACGCCGCGCCAUGAAUCGUAGAUAAAUCUAGAUUAUAAUUAGUAGUUAUACGAGCAGCUCGGACACAAGACGGGCGAUCAAAGUGCUAACAUUACUCUAAAUACAUACACAUACAAUUAUACAUAUGUAUAUAUAUA